AUGCUAGGAAGGUUAUUUGAACUUCGAGACGAAGUGAUGCAGUUUUUGGAAAAUGACAAACAAACUGAAUUGUAUGUGGAAUUUAGAAAGCUCGGUGUUCAUGUUGCAUUGGCAUAUCUGUCAGAUAUUUUCGAAUCUUUAAACACAUUGAAUUUGAAAAUACAAGGUGGAGAGUCAAACAUAAUUUUUCAUCGAGAUGCCAUCAAAGUGUUUACUGAUAAGUUGCAACUAUGGAAACGUAAAAUUUUAGCCUGCAAUUAUUCCUGCUCUCCCAGAUUGUUUGGAAUCCUGGAAGAAGCCCGAUUUCAUAACGAUUUUAAGGAUACUGAUACUACAAGUAAAAUAUCAAACCAUUUGUUAGCGACGGAUACAUUUCACGUUGACGUGUUGAAAGACAGACUACAAGAGGAAGUCUUAGAAAUUAAAAACGAUUCUGCAGUGAAGGAUGACUUUGAGAAGUUGGAUAAGCCUUUAUUUUGGGUGAAAUAUCUCACGGCGUAUCCCAGCAGAGCAGAACAAGCACUGAAACUGUAUUUACCAUUUUCAAGCACUUAUCUGUGCGAAAGAGCAUUUUCAGCGGUAGUGGCGAUAAAAAAUAAGCUUAGAAGCAAACUCAGUAUUGCCAAUGAUUUACGUUGCGCAGUUUCUACUAUUCAGCUAAGAAUUCAAAAUCUUAUAAAAAAUAUGCAAGCUCAUCCUUCACAUUGA